AUGCAACAGAGGGCACAUAUCGGCUACCUUGUGGGCUACAAGUCAAGCCAACAAUACAUCGUGUGGAUGCCUUCGAUUGGGCAAACGAAGCUGCUAGUCUCUGCGAACGUUCGCUUUGACGAGUCGGCGAUGUAUGACCCGGCUAGGGAAGAAACAGCUGAAGCCGCCUGUGUGUACACAUACGAUGUGUUGCGCCAAAUGGCCGCUGUGGACGUCCCUGACGAUGAGGACCCUGACGAAGUCGAGCUAUAUGGGCACUCUGAUGAAGAGGAAAGCCAUGAGGCAAGGCCAGCCACGCCAGGACCAUCAGCAGAACCCUCCGCAACGACCAGGCAGGGCAAAGAGGUCAGGUUUACCCAAGAACCCUAUGUCUCACCUCCCCGCACGGAAGGGAGCGCCGCGGUAUCAUCCCCGCCACCACAGGGUCCCGACGAGGAACCCGUCAUCACGCUGGGAACGCCCCUUCGCGACGAAUCGAAUGAGCCCCUCGCCGACCUGGGGGGUGACCGGGUUACAGAGCUAUCAGACUCAGAGCCAGAGGGAAAAAGAGAGCGCCGCGCGAAGAAGCCCUUCAUCAACAAUGUCAUUGCCAAUGCCUCAAAGCACAGGCUCCACAUAGAGGAUAUGCCACCAGUGCCAAAUUCCUACAAGGAAGCGAUGGCCUCGGCAUAUGCCCCUGAGUGGAUGGAAGGAAUGACUGCGGAAAUCAGGGAUCAAGAGAAGCUCUGCACAUGGGUCAAAUUCCUCAAGAAAGACGCGGCAGACCAGUUCCUUAUCCCCAUGCGUUGGGUCUUUGCCUACAAGCUUGAUCCACAAGGAUAUGUGAUACGCUUCAAAGCCCGGCUUGUGGUCCGUGGAGAUCAGCAGCCAGAAGACGAUGAAGAUACAUACGCUGCAACCCUCCGGGCACGAACGUUCCGCCUUAUGAUGGCGCUCUGCUGCCUUGAGGACCUUGAGACCGAGCAAUACGAUGUGAAAACCGCAUUCCUUUACAAUAGGCUUCGACAAGCAGUCUUUUGCCAGCUCCACCGGGCUUCAAUGAGCCGGGGCUAUGCCUAA